CUGCAACCGUUAACUUGUGGAGUUGGGAUAGCGUCCAAGUCAGUUUGUUGCCCGACCUUUAUUCUGCCUUGUCCCAUAGAUUUAGAAAGAGGCUGACACAUCGGGUAACUAGUUUAGGGUCAUCUGACGCUAAGCGACAUUUAGGGUAAGCGACAUUUUUCAGAAACCAAGGCCCUCCCUCUCGUCUCACUAGUGGAAAGGGUGGAAAGAACAGGAGAGAAAGCUCUUCCUCUUGCGUGAGGUAGUUGCUGUGGAAGCCCCAUAGGCAGGAGGCCCCUGGCCAGCACAUCCUGUCUGCUUGUGUCUGCUGCAGAGUUCUGUCCUUGCAUUGGUGCGUCCCAGGCCAGGCUGCACUGCUGGGACCGGGGCCAUGUCUCCCCACCCCACCGCCCUCCUGGGCCUAGUGCUCUGCCUGGCCCAGACAAUCCACACGCGGGAGGGGGCCCUGCCCAGACCCUCCAUCUCGGCUGAGCCAGGCACCACGAUCCCCCCGGGAAGCCGUGUGACUUUCGUGUGCCGGGGCCCGGCUGGGGUUCAAACAUUCCGCCUGGAGAGGGAGAGUAGAUCCAAGUACAAUGAUACUAAUGACGUGUCUCAAGCUAGUUCAUCUGAGUCAGAGGCCAGAUUCCGCAUUGACUCAGUAAGUGAAGACAGUGCUGGGUGUUAUCGCUGCCUCUAUUUUAAGUCCUCCAGAUGGUCUGAGCACAGUGACUACCUGGAGCUGCUGGUGAAAGAAACCUCUGGAGGCCCGGACUCUCCCGACACAGAGCUCGGCUCCUCAGCUGGACCCAUGCAGAGGCCGUCGGACAACAGUCACAAUGAGCAUGCACCUGCUUCUCAAGGCCUGAGUGCUGAGCAUCUUUAUAUUCUCAUCGGGGUCUCAGUGGUCUUCCUCUUCUGUCUCCUCCUGGUCCUCUUCUUCCUCCGUCGCCAGAAUCAGAUAAAGCAGGGGCCCCCCAGAAGCAAGGACAAGGAGCAGAAGCCACAGCAGAGGCCUGACCUGGCUGUUGAUGUUCUAGAGAGGACAGCAGACAAGACCACAGUCAGUGGACUUCCUGAGAAGGACAGAGAGACGGACACCUCGGCCCUGGCUGCAGGGAGUUCCCAGGAGGUGACGUAUGCUCAGCUGGACCACUGGGCCCUCACACAGAGGACAGCCCAGGCUGUGUCCCCACAGUCCACAGAGCCCGUGGCUGAGUCCAGCAUGUAUGCAGCCGUUGCCAGACACUGACCCCAUACCCACCUGGCCUCUGCACCUGAGGAUAGAAAGUCACUCUAGGAAAAGCCUGAAGCAACCAUUUGGAAGGCUUCCCCUUGGGCUCAUCUUCGUCUAGAAAGCCAGCCAGGCAGCUGUCCUGGAGACAAGAGCUGGAAACUGGAGGUUUCUAACCAGCAUCCAGAAGGUUCAUUAGCCAGGUGGUCCCUUCUACAAUUGAGCAGCUCCUUGGACAGACUGUUUCUCAGUUAUUUCCAGAGACCCAGCUACAGUUCCCUGGCUGUUUCUAGAGACCCAGCUUUAUUCACCUGACUGUUUCCAGAGACCCAGCUAAAGUCACCUGCCUGUUCUAGAGACCCAGCUACAGCCAAUCAGCCGAUUUCCUGAGCAGUGAUGCCACCUCCAAGCUUGUCUUAGGUGUCUGCUGUGAACCUCCAGUGAUCCCAGAUACUUUGCUGUAAUUAUCUGCCCUGCUGACCCUAAAGACCUUCCUAGAAGUCAAGAGCUAGCCUUGAGACUGUGCUAUACACACACAGCUGAGAGCCAAGCCCAGUUCUCUGGGUUAUGCUUUACUCCGUGCAUCAAUAAAUAAUUUUGAAGGCCUCA